AGAAUAUACAUAUCAAUAUGAAUCUUCGUCAACAAAUAACUCAAUUCUUAACCCUUGCAUAUGUGUUUAGUUCUGCCUUUGUUGCUUGGAAAACAUUGGGUAUAGUCACCAACUCACACUCACCAAUUGUGGUUGUUCUUUCAGGAUCUAUGGAACCAGCUUUCCAAAGAGGUGAUAUAUUGUUCCUUUGGAAUAGAGACAAGCAACAGAAAGUUGGUGAUAUUGUAGUUUAUGAAAUUGAAGGAAAGUCUAUACCUAUUGUCCACCGUGUUUUACGUGAGCAUCAUAAUCUGGAAAAACAAUUACUUUUAACUAAGGGGGAUAAUAAUGCUGUUGACGAUUUAUCAUUAUAUGCUAAGAAGCAAAGCUAUUUGAAUAGAAAGGAAGAUUUAAUUGGUACUGUUAAGGGAUACUUGCCAUUCAUUGGCUAUAUUACUAUUUUAAUUAGUGAAAAUAUUUAUUUCAAAUAUGGUUUGUUGGGCUUAGUUGGUCUAUCUAGUGUUUUUUUUGAAUAGUUUCUACAUAUUAAUAUAAAUAUAGUUCAUUAAGUGUUCUUGUAUUCUUUCUAUGUCUGUGCUUGUGUGGUAUUGUAGAAAUUCUAGUGUAUGUAGCAAGUUAAAGGAGAUUUACCUACCCCGUUCUCGAUUCUUCAAGUAAAUUACCAAACCUGAAAGUGUUGUCCAAAAACUAUAUUUGAGAUAUAUCUAACUAUGUGAACAAUGUCAGGUCAAUUUUUACUUUCAGGUAAAAGCACGGGCGUACCCAGGUAUAUAAAAGGUGGAUUACUAACGUGCCUUUUGCUCACUUAAUACUGGUUUAAAUAAUCUAGACAAACUAAAUUUGCUCUAAUUCACAUUUUAUUCACAUAAUGAUUAUGCAAAAUUGGUUUAGUUCCCUAUGUCAACAAUUGCAGGUACGAGUUGUUGUUAUAAUAGCAAAGUCUAAACUAAGUAAUUGGUAGCGGUGGCUUCUCGUCUAGCGACCACCUUGAAGCAACAAAAAAAAAGUGCAGCAAUUUGCGUGACCGAAUGGGUAUCUUUGAAAUGUGUCAUG